AUGGAUGCUCCAAAGUUUGAAAAGAGAUUAAAGUUCAGAGAUGCUGCACAAUUGAGAGAGGCAGUGUGGUCUCACUCCAUUAAGCACGAUGCACCUUUUAUUAAGCUAAAAAGGAAUGAGAAAUGGAAGAUUAGUGCAAGGUGUGAGAAAAACUGUCCAUGGAGAUUGUAUGCUUCCAGGAUGUACAAUGAAGAUUCAAUCCAAGUGAAAACCUAUGUUGGGAAACAUGAAUGUCCGAGGAUUUGGAGGGAAAAUCCUAACUGCAAAGUGGCAUGGCUUGUGAAGAGGUAUAUGGACAAGUUCAAACUCAACCCAAGCAUGCCUAUCACUACAUUUAUGGAAACAGUGAAAGAGGAAAGAAUGGUUGAGAUCGACAUCAAGAUAGCCUAUAGAGUAAGAGCACAGUGUUUGAAAAUCCUUGAAGGGAGUAACUUGGAUCAGUACACAAAGUUGUGGGAGUACUGUGAUGAGCUUAGGAAGACAAACCCGGGUAGUACAGUUCAAAUGAAGGUGAUGCCCUAUGAUGAUGCUCAUGUGAUAUUUCAAAGGAUUUAUAUUUGUUUGGGGGCUUGUAAAAAUGGAUUUAAGAAUGGAUGUAGGAAGCUUGUAGGGUUGGAUGGUUGUCACUUGAAGGGAGUGUUCAAGGGCCAGUUAUUGUCUGCAGUGGGAAUGGAUGCAAAUAACCAAACUUGGGUUAUUGCAUAUGCUAUAGUAGAGCUCAAGAACAAGGACAAUUGGGUUUGGUUUCUGAAAUUGCUAGCUGCUGACUUGGGAAUUGUGAACCAGCGUGCUUGGACUUUCAUUUCUGACAAACAAAAGGGUUUAAUACCAGCUUUUGAGAAGGUGCUGCCUAAUUGUAAUCAUCGGUUCUGUGUUAGGCACUUAUACACUAACUACAAAGCAGAUGUGUUUAAAGGGAAAAGAUUAAAAUAUGUCUUGUGGAAUGCUGCCAAGGCAACAACCAUCGAUGAUUUUAAGGAGAGUAUGGCUGAGGUGAAUAGGCUGAAUGAAAAAGCUUAUAAAUGGUUGGAGAAGAGACCAACCUUGCAUUGA